CCUAAGCCCGCCUCCAGCGACAGAAGCAAUUCAAUCCCUCAUUCUGGUCCUCCACCCCACAGAAGCACGCACAAUGUCAACAUUGUCAUGUCAUGGCCCACCCCAACAAACCGCACGAUGACAAGCACACAUACGAGACGAUAAAUUUCGCACACGAACAGCACAGAAUCAAGUCAUGCGACAGGACCCAAGCGACUGCGACCCAACAGCAUAGAUACACCACGGAUUAAAGCAGGGAUUAAAACCGAGGGAUGCCUCAUGAGAAGUGAACAAAGCCCGCACAUUCAUAAAAUGCCACAAGCACCACACACAUAGCUGGCAACCAACAAGCGCACGCCCACAGAGUGAAUCCGCGCACCAUGACCAUGGCCUUUGAAAAAACCCAUCUAUCCAUGCCAGCAUGAAUAGCAUCAAAGGACUGCAUCUGGAUGGGACUGAUCCAUCCCAUAUACGCUCUCAUGAAUGGAACACUCGAAGUCAGACAGACAAACGCCCACGGAUAGAGAAGGACAGGGAGGAGACGAAGAUCCCGGCAGACAAAGAGAGCGAGAGGCAUGGCAGCCACACAGGACGGACAGCCUUGUCGCAUACAGCCACACAAGAGACCGACAGGAAGAAGCGAUCGCAGGCGACGGACAGACAGCCAGACAGCCGGACAAGCACAGUACGAAUUAGCAAACGAACAACACGUAAGGGGGAAAAGUGAGACCCCACCUUUGUGCUUUGCCUGUCUCUGCUUUGAUCCAUUCUCUUUCUCGUUGCAAGAGAGCCCAACAGAGCCCCUAGAAUACUACAACUAUCACACAGACAUGAUAAAGGCAAGCCACCAACCAACCAACCAACCAGUGCACGUCCAGCAUGAAUCCGCUCACCACAAUCCAUGACCAAGGCAUUGUACAUGUCCGACUGGCAUCGAUUGAUGGCAUCUCACACACGCUCUCACGAAUCAAACACUCGCAGUCAGACAGAGGAAUGCCCGCCCACCCACAGAGAAGGACAGAGAAGAUACGAAGAUCCCAGCAGACGAAGAGAAGGACAGAGAAGAUACGAAGAUCCCAGCAGACGAAGAGAGCGAGAGGCAUGGCAGCGGACGGACGGGUUUGUAGCAUACAGCCAUACAAGAGACCGGGAGAAGAAACGGUCCAAACACAUGCACAAAGUCCGUGAAAGGCAAUAGCCUUGCGGUCACAGCGUCACUCCGCUGUCCACGGACUCCGCUUUGCUUGGCUCGGUCCCCACAACCAUCUCUGUUUUGCUGCGAUUCGUUGCGAUGGACGGCAACACGGAAUGCAGAGCAUAACGCAGCACGAACAGAAGAAUCUUACAUAUCUGCAAGACACGCGAUCCCAUGACAGAGAUACAAUGCAGCUCUGCUGUUGUGUGCGGUAACCUGCCAUUGUGCUGAUGUACCUGGAAGAGUGAAGUCAGGAGAGACAUGAGCGUGACGGAAGGAAUGCUUUGACCGCCAGCAGAGAGCAUAACGUACGAUACCUGUACAUAUCAGCAGACAAAAUACACUUAGCGGAGAGAAACCGUGCUUUUCUUGUUGGCGCGCCCUCACCUGCAAAGCCACCUGCGGGAUGUCCUCUACAGGGAUGCACACAGUAGGAAGGACUUACAGGAAGGCUCCAUUCGUCAGUGAGGACGUAAUUACCUGCCAGUGAGAGAAGCUCGAAACCCAGCAUGCUCUUGAUGUGCAGCUGCAGCGACAUCGACUUCCACCCAAACAGAUGAGACGCAAACAAAUGCAAGACGCCCAAGUGCAUAAAGGAGCUCCCAAACAGCAGCACGAUGAUGAUCACAUUCCUGCGGUCUUGUGCGAGCUCCUCCAUCCACUUGCAAAUGUGCAGGCUCUGCCUGCUGCCGCCGCGCAGCAGGACGAUCAGCGCCAGGGAGUUCGCGAGUGUGAUGAUGAUGAGAUGCAGCAAGCCAACCCAAAACACCCAACCCAUCUCCUCAUUGUAGGAGCGGGCGACGAAAGUGACGUCGGUGAUGAAGUCCCAGAGGCUGAUGCUUGCCUGCAUGACCAGAACAAUGCUAGUUCUCCUCUCGUAAUAUACGCGGGAGAUGCAGGCGACCACGAACGAGCCAAGCAAGAGGAUGGCACCGGCGAGAAGCCAGCCGAGAGAGCUGUAGUUGAUCUCCACAGGGCAGCGAUCGCCAAACGGCACUCGAACGUUCUUCACCUCCAGAACAAACAGCGAUAGCGGUGAGAAAACGUCGCGAUAAUAGUCUGCACACACAGGCACAUUGCCUGUCGUACAUGGCUUGACUGAUGCUCUCUCAUACCUGCAUUGCACUCGAGACCCUCGGCUGCAAAGAAAGGGAAAAUGAAGGCGGACAACGGCGAGGCCAUUGCUGUCUCACCAAGCUUAUCUUGUGGGCAGAAUUUUGGACCAGAAACAGAAUGACCGCGCUCCCAUUUCUGUAUGUCAGCCCACAACCAGCACCUGCACGAAAUGUACCCACACGGAAAUCUAUAGUCCCUACUAGCAGCCAGCCCCCCUCACGUACCUGGCAUUGGUGGUGCUCCAAUAUGUGCAUCUGGGAUGUUGCUGGCAGAGAAUCUGACACCUCCUGGGUGAAAACAGCCACGUGGGGACCUCCUGCAGAAACGCGCGAAUGCACGUUAGAUACAACACACGACAGAGAUCCUUUCCACGGACACUGCGUAUGUGUCUGUCUCUCUUGUCUGUCUGUCUGUCUGUCUGUCUGCCUCGUCUCAUUGUCACCUCUAACAAAGUAGCCGAUCCCUCUUUCGUCUUCUCUCCUUUCCGAUAAAACAGUGCGUCCCUCUUUUUGGCUAUUACGAGCCUUUUGUCUGGCUCGUCACUGAUUGGCUCGUAAUAGGGUUUCUUUUUUGGUCUGUUUAUUUGACCAAACAAAGAUUUUUCGUUCUGUCUGUCUGGCAUGUUUCUUUCUCCCCUGCUCACGUGUAGCAUCCGCAGCCGGCAAUGCGAUCGUAAGAUGCUGAGAGAAAGGAAGAAGGAAGGAAGGAAGGAAGGAAAGAAAGAGAUCAUUUCAUUCUUGCUCAAUUUCUGACUAAGAGCCACUGACUGACAGAGAGCAUACAUUGUGUCACAGGGAAGUCUGGAUACGCCGAGCGAAGCAGCUCCAGCGAGGUCCACAGGUUCUGGGAUUUGAGCUUUUCCACGUCUUUCUCAGGUGGAGUGAGCAGCUCUGUGGGUGGAUCGCAGGCCCGACCAUAAAUGAACCCUGUCGUCGUCCCUAACUGACACAUCUUGAGCCCUGCACACACAUACCGCAUCCAUGUAUGUGCCCACUGUUGCCCAUCCCCCAUUUCGCAUCUCUCUGUGCUCCCUGACUCACCAUCAGGGGCAUCGUACUUGGGCAGGCUGCAGGAAAAGAAAGAAUUGUUGACGUGUGCAAUGUAUGUGAUUGGUUUCGCAGCUGACCAUGCCCAUCCUUGGCGGCCAACCCAGCUCAAGGAGAACCGAACAAAAUAGCGGCAUUCUGGAAAUUCAGCGCACUUCUGAAAGACACGCAGAUGGGAACAGCAGGCAGGCAGGCAGACACACCACCGCAUGACCACUUCCGUCUCCUCCUCCGCGCCAUACAUUGACGUACCUGCCGACACUCCUCGACCGUUAGAUUCUUGUGCAAGUACUGUUUCGUAGCGUCGUUCCUGUAGACACAAAGAAACCAAUCCGUCAGCGUGCCCAUAUACGCAUAUCCCUUUCGUCUCGCACCAGAGUGUCGCGACCUGACAUACAGACACACACACACACACGCGCGCGCGCGCAGAGGGUCCCCUGGGCGUCCUUCGCAUCUUUCUUUCUCCCUCGGCGUACAUUAUUCUGGUCACAUGGCCUGGCCUCGUCAAGGGGGCGGCAAUCCUGAGCGCCACGUCGCCCAUACGAGCCACUUCCCGCUAACACGGAGCUGACAUUGGUCAAAAGGGAGCACUCGUACUUCCUGUCCACCGACACACAAAAACACUCAGACAGACACGAGCCACGUGUCUGUCUGAGUGACUGACCAAUCGAAUGUCCACGCCAUACAGGCGGUAUUCUCUUUGCAGGCAUUUGCACACUGCUCUGGCAUCCAGACCUGCAUAUGUGACAGACGUAAUUGACAGCCUUCCCCUGCUCUGUCCCUCGCCCUAUCUGUUUGUGUGUGCGUUCACAGGCAUUCGUUCCACCUUUUGCGUACUGAUGGGAUCUGGAUCCUGCAGAAAGGCACCUGCAUGACACGUCGAAAUCAAUUGUGACCUGAGAGAUCUCAUCUGCCACACCGAUUACCGACCAUCGAGCGUGGCGUUCCAUUGCUGCACGACAAAAGCAAUCAUGCAUGACCGAAUGAUGCUUGAGUGGAUUUGCUCACCCAGCAGUCGCCGUUGAGCUGUUCGAGAGUGGCUGCCUGUCUGACAGCAAUCUGGGUUGCAGGUGGCCGGUACUGGACUUGUGCCGACGCGCAAGCAAUGAUGAUACAGGCGCAAAGGCAGAGCGCUGGCGCUUGGCACGAGUGCAGCUCCAUGGAGGGGAGAUCUGCGUUCGGGAAAAACCCAUGUAACGGAACUCUACGUACUCAUCGCUAACACGAUGCGAGAGAGAAGG